AUGGCGGUGGAUUUGACUCCGCGGUUCAGAAGACUGAACAGUCAAACAGCUUUCAGAGAAAAUAAACAACUGUCAGGUUUCUCUGGUCCAUUCAGAGCGACCCAGCUGUGGAAGAACAUCAUUGAGGCUCUGCAGACGCAGGUGGAGCUCAGACCACGCAGACAGCACCUGCGCAUACAUCAAGAUUGUUUCACCGGCUCUGAUGCUGUGGAUGUUGUUCUGAGCCACCUCAUGCAGAACAUCUACUUCUGCUCCAGCGAAGUAUCCCGUCUCAAAGCUGCCAGACUCUGCCAGGCCUUGAUGGAGUCCAGAGUGUUCGAACCCAUCGGUAUGAAGCUCUUCAGACGAGAGAAUGAGAUGACCUUUGAGGAUUCAAGCUGCAGCCUUUAUCGCUUCCUGGAUGGCUGUGAUGUCCCUGGAUCGACCCAGAAAAGAUACAGUGACAUCGAAAACCAGACUCGUGAGAAACAUACUGGAAAGAAGAGCACUUUAAAGUUUGGAGAAAUGCAGACCAUCUCCAACCCGUUGGUUCUUGGAUCAUCAGACAGAAGAGUGGAGAGACUACUGAAGAAUAUAAACCUUCACCCAUCUCUGCCCUCUGAUCUAAAUCGUGCUGCAUUUUCCAACAGUUUUCUGACAAAAAAAGUUGUUCAGGACGUUUGGAGGCAGCAGGCGUUACUCCAGUUGUUGCAGGUCGUGGAGAUCCCCAUGCUGGACUGUAUUCUGUCCUCACAUGCCAAACCUGAGCCCCUGCGCUCAUCACUGCGUAACCAUGGCGGCCUGGUCAUCUCCAACACCUGUGUUGAUCGAGAAGUGUCCGAGAGUCUCAACCUGCCUGAGUUGGAUUCUUGGCUGAUAGCGGCAGUGGAUUGUCUUGAGCUGUUUCCAGAUCAGCUAAUUGUGGUGGCCAGCGAGCAGCUCAUCCAGCAGAAAGAAGCAGUGGGGGAAGAAAAGUUAAAGGCGCACAAGAGACUGCUGUUUGACACAAUUGCCAAGUACUACAGCAGCCCGGAAAGACCACCACUGCUGUCUGGAAGCUACACUGAUAUCCAGGCUGAAAUCCUACAUCUUCUGGACUGUGGUAGUCAGGAUGCUCUGAAAGCAUCUCAGCUCUGUCUGCAGCUGCUGGAGUCCCCGUGCAGAGACGAGUUACGCAGACUGUUGGGGUUUAUGGCAGCCGCUGCAGAUAAUGAAGCCUUCAGACUGCACAAGCAGAUCGAGAACCGGUCUCUGGUGAGCAGGACGUUUGUAAAGUCUGUGAUACAGAGUAAAGAGAUGACUCGUGUCCAGGGUGAGCAACUGCUGCUGUUCCUCAUGGAUAAUUGCACACAACUCUUCAAGACACCUUCGUCGUUGAUUGAGGGCGUGAGAAAAACUCUUCAAACUUUGCAGCAAGGCAGGGAUCUAGAUAAUAUAGCACUGUUCACAUUCUGCCAGCAGGUGUCUCUCCAGCAGUAUGAGGAGAACAGAGAUAAGGCCACUCUUGACAGUUUAAAGCAGUUAUUGCAGCAUAUCACUCACAGUGACAGCCUAUCUGUCAAACAGAAGAGGCGACUCACCAAACAGUUCCAGAAACAUCACCCGGGAGUCUUUCUCCAGCACUUCUUCACGACAUUUUAAAAAGCAACGAACACUGAAUACAAAUUGUUUAUAGUUAAUGCUAUUCAACUCCAGUCCUGCUGAACCACUAUUGUGCAGAAUUUUAUUCCAUAAGACUUUAAGGUUAUUUGUUUGCGUUUGCAAAUGGAGGAUGACUUGAUCAGUUGUAGACUGGUGGGAAUUUCCCUGGAAUCCCAUCUGAUAUAGCAAUAUAGAGAUAACAGAUUAUCAACUUUACACUACUGCUUUUGUAGAAAGAUGAUUUGAUUUUGCAGGUAGAUUAAUUUUCUGAUUAGUCACAUACUUAACCCUGUCUCAAUCAAAGAAUAAGCUACUUGCAGAACAGUUCUCAACAGUAUUAGUACUGUGAAGAAAUUGCUAAUCACUACAAAGAUUUCAUCAGCAAGUCAGCAUCAUCUAACAGCUACUCUAAGAUUACUUGAAUUAUGUGAUAUGCUCAGGUUUUUAAUGCUAUUAAAAUUAGAUUUAGUUGCACUUGAAAAGCCUUAAAGGUAAAGAUUCAAAUGACGCGCUUAUGAACAAGGAACACUUCCUUUUUGAAAGCGAUAUUUGUGAGCACCAAUGAUUUAGGGUCAGAAUUUCAAUAAAUAUUGACCUCAUUUGUUACUGUAUUCUGAACAAUUGUUAACUUCUGAUCUUUAAAGGGAUUUAUAAUGGAAGAGUUUAUUAUUAAUUAACCAUGUGUAUGGCAUAAUUAUUCAGAAAAAAAGAGGGGAUUUUUCAUUGUUGAAUUGUUUUAACUGCUAGAUAAUGUUAGAAUGCACUGGAUGAUAGUGACAUGUCAGUGAUAUUUAUUAAUAUGUACUUGAUCUGAAAAGUUAUAAAAAUGUUAUUAAUGGUACUUUGGACUAAUUAAUUUGGCUGAUUACUGUCAUUACU